AUGGGUGACAUUCGCAACACCGAGAGAGACAGCAACGUCCUCGCCCUCGUCGAGGCUAUCCUUGGACACAAGGUCGAUCAGCCCGGCUCCUCCUCCCAGAGCACUCUUGAUGAGUACGAGGACCUCGUCGACAUGAGCAAGGACCACGAGUUCAGCAAGGACGGUCCCCGCCCCGACUCUCCCCCCAAGAACCCCUGCGUCGGUGCCGUCAACCCGUACGCCCUCGCCGAGGCUCUCAUUGGCCGCAAGAUCGACCGUAACUCCAUGGCCGCUGCCCAGAUUCUCCAGAACGUGCUCCAGACCGACUACGAUGAGCUCUUCGACAUGCGCCACAAGUCCGUCCUCUUCGCCGGCAUGAAGCUCAACGAGAAGGAGCGCAAGGCCGAGAUGUACGAUGAGAAGGACAUGAAGAUCCUUAACGAGCGGGACCUCCAGACCCCCGACUUCUCCGGCGUUCGCCGCCUGGACGACCUCGAGAAGGUCGGCCUCAAGGACAUCAAGGAUGCCAAGGUCAAGGUCGCCCGCAUGCAGAACGGCAAGCUUCGCCUGGUUCUCCACGCCCAUGAGCUCGGCAAGACCGUCUCCAACCGGGAGGUCACCAUGUCCAUCAACGAGCUCGUCACCCCCUUCAGAAUGCAGAAGGGCCGCUGGCAACCCCCCAACGCCUCAUGGCGCGACAUGUACGACUACUUCUUCCAGCAGGUGAACAAGCGCCUCAUCUCCGACAUCACCAUGUUCCGCAUUGGUGACCGCCGCGAGACCGUCCGCAACUUCGACGACCCCACCCAGGGCUGCUCCAGCAACUCUUGGUUCGUCUCUGCCCUGUUCUCCGUCUUCUGGGCCGACCCCUGCGCCAUUAACCGCGCUACCCGCGUCCACACCCACGGCAACGAGAAGAAGCGCUUCUUGAGCAUCAAGUUCCACGACAAGGGCGGGAAGCAGAAUAACCGCACCGAGACUGUUGAGGUCAACUACGAGAUCCCCAUCAACAACUCGGACAACGAGCCCCUGUACUGCCGCUCCAGCGAUGGUGCCGACAUCUGGCCCUCGCUCUACGAGAAGGCCUUCGCCAAGUGGAUCACUGGUACCAGCUCCGAGCAGCCCGAUAUCACCCAGACUCACUGCGGUGACCCUAUCAAGGCCAUGGCCCAGAUCAACGGCCGCACCCCCCACUACUAUGAGUGCAACAACCACUCUUCCCACACCCUCCUGGGCUUGGUUCGCGCCAACAGCGUCAACAACAAGACCAUCAACCCCAUGACUGCCUUCACCUACGCCACCGGCCGGGAGUUCCACGGUGCCAACAUCGUUGCCAACCACGCCUAUUCCGUCCUCGGAUACUGCGUCCUCGGCGACAAGCAGUACAUCGUCCUCCGCAACCCGUGGGGUGUCACCGAGCCCCAGGGCCUCACCUCCUACACCGGUCUUCUCGGCCGCCUCGACCCCGAGAUUUGGAACCCCGCCACCCUCCUUGACCACGGAGGUCUGUUCGCUCUUGAGGCCGACUCCUUCAAGAAGUGCUUCUCCCACAUUGGUGUUGCCAAGUAA